CCAAAAAUAAUAAUAUAAUUUAGUUAGUCCAUUGCUGACUUCUAGUGCAAAAAAAAAAAAAAACAAAACAAGAAAGUGAAAUGGGAAAGCUACUAAACAAUCAAAUAUUCCAAUAAGAAGAAACGGGCAAACCUUUGAAUUUGAUUUUGAAGAAAUGGGCAAACGUUUGAAUCAAAUAUUCCACAAUUAGUUGCCUGUGUAAGAUUUCUGAAUAGUCUUUAUAUUCAAUUGUAUUAAAUUGACAAAGGGUUAUCAGUUUAUAUAUAUCUAGACAAACAAAAAAAAGGGACAUUUUUGUGACAGUUCUUAUCACAAAUUCCUAUAUAAAGAGACUAACUCAUUUCAAGCAGAUUGGAGAUUGAGAAACUCUCUUUUCAGAAAAUAUAAUCAUCCAUGGAAGUUCAUAAUCAACAUCCAAGCCAUGACACGAAACAAGCUGAAGUGGUUGUAAUCAUGGUGCCUUUUCCAUGCCAAAGCCACCUCAACCAGGUCCUCCACCUCUCCUGCCUAAUCUCCUCCUACAACAUCCCGGUUCACUACGCUUGCUCCGCCACCCACGUUCACCAAGCUAAACUCCGCUUCAAUGGCAUUAACAGCCAUGCCUUUGCCCAAAUCCACUUCCAUGAGUUCCCCACCCCUCAUUUCGUCUCUCCUCCACCCGACCCCAAUGCUCUGAGUAAAUUUCCAUCACAUCUCCAACCAUCCUUUGAAGCCUCUUUGCAUCUCCGCCACCCCAUGACCAAACUCUUACACAAAAUCUCUUCCACAACUAGAAGAGUUAUAGUUGUCCACGACGCCCUCAUGGCUUAUGUGGUUCAGGACAUCGCUACCACACCAAAUGCAGAAUCCUAUUCUUUCAACGCCACUUGUGCGUUCACUUGUUUCUUUGACGGAUGGCAAAUGAUGGGAAAACCAUUCCAUGUGGACAAACCACAGGGGUUACCAUCUUUUGAAGGAUGUUACCCUUCCGAGAUUCUAAAUUUAAUCACCCUCCAAACUAAGUAUUUGAAAUUUACAUCUGGAUCUAUUUUGAACUCAUGCAGAUCAAUCGAAGGUACUUACAUUGAUUUAAUGAAGGUGGCACUAAUUGGUGAAGACAAGCAGCUAUGGGCCAUGGGGCCAUUGAACUCGGGAAGGGUAGAUGACAGCAAAAGCUCAAAUAGCCAACAUAAAUGUUUGGACUGGCUUGACAAACAAGCCCCAAAUUCAGUGUUAUAUAUUUCGUUUGGAACGACAACUUCGAUGACAGAUCAAGAGAUCAAAGAACUUGCAAUGGGGCUGGAACAGAGUGGACAAAAGUUCAUCUGGGUGCUUAGAGAUGCCGAUAAAGGAGACAUUUUUGCAGGCGAUGUCAAGAGAGCAGAAGCACUGCCAGAAGGUUAUGAAGAGAGAGUUGAAGGAGUUGGACUGGUGGUGAGGGAUUGGGCACCUCAACUUGAAAUUUUGGCACACCGAUCAACGGGUGGGUUCAUGAGUCACUGUGGAUGGAAUUCAUGCCAGGAGAGCAUCACCAUGGGAGUGCCGAUAGCAACCUGGCCGAUGCACUCGGAUCAACCCAAGAAUGCAUUUCUGGUAACAGACAUAUUAAAGGUUGGUGUGGUUGUCAAGCAAUGGGCAGCACAUGAGGAGGAGGUGGUGGCUUCAUCAACCAUUGCAAAAGCUGUCAAAAGGCUAAUGACAUCAACAGAAGGGGAGGAGCUGAGGAAGAGGGCGGAGGAACUGGGUGGUGCCGCCCUGCAGGCAGUGAAGGAAGGUGGAGUUUCUCGCACAGAAUUGGAUUCAUUCAUUGCUCAUAUAACUAGGUAAGUUCGUUGAGUGAUGCAGCAUGAAUAUGGGUUUUUUCCUUUGUUUGGAUUGUGGCUCAGAACUUCUCCAUAAUCACAACAAUCCAAAAAAAGUAUUCGAUGAAUAAAAUCAUAUUAGUGUACUAUAUAUGAUAGAAGCAUAGUCAAGUGCUUCAUAUUCUCUCUAUAAAAUGUCUCAUCUGUGCGUCACAUGUUUUUAGUGAGUCUGGAUCCUCUGCCGUGUUUUCUUGGAGUGGAUCUUGUAGUGCUAAUGAAACUACGUCAUUUUGUUCCC